AAACGCGCUGCUACUGUAACAGUCUCGCGUAAACCUUCACAGAAGAGCAAUGAGCGCGUGCAUGACGGUCUAACGGAGAGCUGCUGAUGAAAAGGCGUGAUGUCAAGCCGCUGUCAGUGUCAGAGGACUGGGGGAAUGUGCCGUGCACUUGGCAUAUGCGAUUGUGAAUGACCAUCCUCCGGCAUCGAUUGAUGAAACGUUGAUUUUUGCUGCAUAGAUCAGUUACUUGAAUCCGCGAGGCGUCUGUUCAUUCAUCGUCUUCUUGCAUGCAAGAAAUCUUCGAGGAAUUGUGUGAGAAUUUUUUUUUCUUUUUUUUGAAGGUGCUACCUUUGAGGCUUCGGCGUUCGUUUGCAUGUGGAUCUAUCUGUCAAAACUGAGCUGAACGCAGACAUAUUUUAACUGAACAUUAGAAACCAUCCAAAGCUUUCUUCUGGACUGCAGAAACAUGUGAAGAUGCUGGUAAGGAGCUGCACCAUAGAGUAAGCCUUUAGACUACGAGGACGAAGAUUGAGCUUUCUGAUACUUCUUUAAACUCUUAAUUUUCUAACCUGUCAGGUCCCUCGGACCAUGGAGGGACAGCAGAACUCAAAGCGGACUUUGAAACAAAGUCCUGGAUAUGGUUCCAAAUUGUCCUUUACAUGCUGGGCACUAGUCUUAAUCUUGCCUGUAGUGUGCUGUGAACAGUCCUUUACAACGUUUCACCCUGAGCGACGAGAAUGGGCCUUUAAUCACAUGACAGUUCAUAAGACAACAGGAGCACUCUACAUUGGUGCUGUCAACCGCGUCUACAAGUUAUCAGGCAACCUGACACUAUUAGUAUCCCAUGGUACUGGUCCGGAAGAUGACAACAAGGCCUGCUACCCUCCACUUAUCGUUCAGCCUUGCAAUGAACCUCUGGUUUCUACCAACAACAUCAACAAACUUUUACUCAUCGACUACUCUCAGAACCGACUACUUGCCUGCGGAAGCCUCUUCCAAGGUGUCUGCAAACUGCUACGGUUGGAUGACCUCUUCAUUCUGGUAGAGCCAUCUCACAAAAAAGAGCACUACCUCUCCAGUGUCAAUCAGACGGGCACAAUGUAUGGGGUCAUUGUGCCCUCACAGGGCAAGGAUGGGACCCUCUUCAUUGGUACAGCUGUGGAUGGGAAGCAAGACUACUUUCCAACUAUCUCUAGCCGGAAGCUUCCUCGUGACCCGGAGUCUUCAGCUAUGCUGGACUACGAGCUACACACUGACUUUGUUUCAUCUCUCAUCAAGAUUCCCUCCGACACCCUGGCGUUGGUAUCACAUUUCGACAUCUACUACAUCUAUGGCUUUGCCAGUGGCAAUUUUGUCUACUUUCUGACCGUUCAACCGGAGACGCCCGAGAACAGCUUGUCUUCCAGUGGGCCCUCAAAUGACCUGUUUUAUACCUCUCGAAUCGUCCGACUCUGCAAAGAUGACCACAAAUUCCAUUCCUAUGUGUCAUUGCCUAUCGGAUGUGUGCGAAACAGAAUUGAGUAUCGCCUUCUGCAGGCGGCCUACCUGGGCAAACCUGGACGAGUGCUUGCGGCGUCCCUCAACAUUAGCGCUCAAGACGAUGUGCUCUUUGCAGUCUUUUCCAAAGGUCAAAAACAGUACCACCAUCCACCUGAUGACUCGGCCCUCUGUGUCUUCAGCAUUCGGGACAUCAAUGCACGGAUCAAGGAGCGUAUGCAAUCCUGCUAUCAGGGAGAAGGGAACUUGGAGCUCAACUGGCUGUUGGGAAAGGAUGUGCCUUGUACCAAAGCGCCCGUCCCUAUUGAUGACUCCUUCUGCGGUUUGGACAUCAACCAGCCCCUUGGUGGCUCUCAGCUGGUGACUGGACACACACUUUAUACGGAAAGCCGUGAUCGCAUGACCUCGGUGACCUCCUACAUCUAUAAUGGCUACUGUGUGGCUUUUGUUGGCACCAAGAGUGGACGACUGAAAAAGAUUCGAGUUGAUGGUCCUCCUCAAGGUGGCGUCCAGUAUGAAACUCUGCCGGUCAUCAAAGAUGGAAGCCCUAUUCUUAGAGACAUGGCCUUUUCCCUGGACAACAGCUACAUCUACGUCAUGUCGGAGAGACAGGUCACACUUGUGCCGAUCGAGUCCUGUGAACAGUAUGGCACGUGUGGAGAGUGUCUGAGCUCAGGAGAUCCACACUGUGGCUGGUGUGUGCUGCAUAACAUAUGUUCUCAAAGGGAUCGUUGUGAGCGGGCAAACGAGCCAUACCGUUUCGCUGCCACACUGAACCAGUGUGUGAAAGCCACAGUGUACCCAGACAGCAUCGCUGUGUCUGAACCCAGUGUUCCGCUCCUGGUGAAAGUGACAGAUGUUCCGGAUCUUUCUGCUGGAAUCACAUGCUCCUUCGGGAACCUGACGGAGGUUGAGGGCAGAGUGGAUGGGAAUCAAAUUCUCUGCACUUCUCCUGCUGCUAAAGAUGUUCCCAUCAUCCCCACAGAUCAAGACUGGUUGGGUGUCGAGCUCAGACUGAACUCGAAGGAAACGGGUCAGAUGCUAAUUAGCACAGAGGUGAAGUUCUACAACUGCAGCGUUCACCAGCUGUGUCUUUCCUGUGUGACCAGUUCUUUCCGCUGCCACUGGUGCAAGUACAGAAACCUCUGCACCCACGACCCCUCCAGCUGCUCUUUCCAGGAGGGACGCGUCAAUGCCUCAGAGGACUGUCCUCAGCUGGUCCGCUCUGAGGAGAUCCUGAUCCCGGUAGGGGAGGUGAAGCCCAUCACACUAAAAGCCCGGAACCUUCCGCAACCUCAGUCGGGUCAGCGCGGCUACGAGUGUGUGUUACACAUACAAGGAGUCAGUCACAGAGUUACGGCGCUCAGAUUCAACAGCUCCAGCGUACAGUGCCAGAACAGCUCGUAUCUGUAUGAAGGGAUGAAGAUCAGUGAGCUACCGGUGGAUUUCUCAGUGGUGUGGAAUGGAAACUUCAUCAUUGACAAUCCUGAGAACAUCAAGGUGCACCUGUAUAAGUGUGGCGCUCAGAGAGACAGCUGUGGCGUGUGUUUGAAGGCUGAGAGGAAGUUCCAGUGUGGUUGGUGCAGUAUGGAGGGCCGCUGUAGCCUACGCCAGCACUGUCCCAUGUCCAACCCCUACACCAGCCGCUGGCUUCACCUCGCCAGCACAAACGUCAAGUGCACCAACCCUCGAAUCACUGAGGUGACCCCAGUGGCCGGACCACCAGAAGGGGGCACCAGAGUGACCAUCCGUGGUGUGAACCUGGGUUUGUCUUUCUCAGACAUGGUCAACAACGUGCAGGUAGCAGGAAUCCAGUGCAGCCCACAGGAGAACGGCUACAUCAUUGCUGAACAGAUCGUGUGUGAGAUGGAUGCAGCUCCCACAGACAGUAAACCCGGCUCGGUCCAUUUGUGUGUAGGGGAGUGUAAGCCAGAGCUCCAGACGCGCUCUUCUCAACUCUAUUCCUUUGUGAUGCCAUCGGUCAAAGGAUUGUCUCCCAGUCGGGGUCCAGAGUCUGGAGGAACUAAAGUGACUAUAAUGGGGGAAAACCUUGGGGCAGGCAGCAGCGUCAGUGUGCUUUUUGGGAACCAGACCUGCGAGUUUUAUGAACGGACUAUGACGGAGAUUGUGUGUUACUCUGCCCCUUCUCUGACGGGUGUGGGGCCGGUUCAGAUCAGCGUGAGCGUGGAUCGCGCCCAGGUUCAAGAUAGCCUGACUUUUGAGUAUAUAGAUGACCCCACGGUUCAACGCAUUGAACCGGAAUGGAGCAUCGCAAGCGGACACACCCCUCUGGUGGUGACUGGGACUAACUUGGAUGUCAUCCAGGAGCCGAGGAUUCGGAUCAAGUACGGCGGGCGGGAAUCUGUAAACGUGUGUAAGGUUCUGAACAUCACGACUAUGAGCUGUUUUGCUCCCUCGCUGACAGCCGAGUACAGGCCGGGUUUGGACUCAGUCAAGCAUGCGGACGAGUUUGGCUUCAUCUUCAAUAAUGUGCAAGCUCUUCUAGUUUACAACAACACUAACUUCAUGUACUACCCCAACCCUUACUUUGAGCCUCUCAGCACCAAUGGCAUACUGGAACAGAAACCUGGCUCACCUAUCAUUCUAAAGGGUAAGAAUCUGGUUCCUUUGGCCUCUGGAGGAGUGAAGCUUAAUUAUACUGUUCUGAUAGGAGAGACUCCCUGUUCUGUCACUGUAUCUGAGUCUCAACUGCUGUGCGAGCCACCGAAUCUCACCGGCCAGUACAAAAUCAUGGUGCAGGUCGGUGGUCUGCAUGUGUCCCCCGGCUCAGUAAACAUUCUCUCUGAUAGCCUCCUGACUCUUCCUGCCAUGGUCAGCAUCGCUGCUGGCGGCGGCCUCCUCCUCAUCAUCGUCAUCCUUGUGCUUAUUGCCUACAAGCGUAAAUCCCGCGAGAACGACCUGACACUCAAACGACUCCAGAUGCAAAUGGACAACCUGGAGUCCAGGGUCGCGCUGGAGUGCAAAGAAGCUUUUGCAGAACUGCAGACAGACAUUAAUGAGUUGACGAGUGAUCUAGACCGGGCCGGUAUUCCCUAUCUGGAUUACCGCAGAUAUACCAUGAGAGUGUUAUUCCCCGGCAUCGAGGACCAUCCUGUGCUCAGAGAGCUGGAGGUGUCUGGUAAUGGGCAGCUGUGCGUUGAAAAAGCUCUGAAGCUGUUUGCCCAGCUGAUAAACAACAAGGUGUUUUUGUUGACAUUCAUCCGUACACUGGAAAUGCAGCGCUCCUUCUCCAUGCGUGACCGUGGCAACGUGGCGUCCCUAAUAAUGACGGCUCUCCAGGGUCGACUGGAAUACGCCACGGAUGUGCUCAAACACCUGCUGUCCGACCUCAUCGACAAGAACCUGGAGAGCAAGAACCAUCCCAAACUGCUGCUCAGGAGGACAGAGUCUGUUGCUGAGAAGAUGCUAACCAACUGGUUUGCUUUCCUGCUUCAUAAGUUCUUGAAGGAGUGUGCAGGUGAGCCUCUCUUCAUGCUGUACUGUGCUAUAAAACAGCAGAUGGAAAAAGGCCCUAUAGACGCCAUCACUGGAGAGGCCAGAUACUCCCUCAGUGAGGACAAACUCAUCCGGCAACAGAUUGACUACAAGACUCUGAUCUUAAACUGCGUCAACCCAGAGAAUGAGAACAGCCCAGAGAUCCCGGUCAAGGUUCUGAACUGUGACACCAUCACGCAGGUCAAAGAAAAGAUUCUGGAUGCAAUGUAUAAGAACAUGCCAUAUUCUCAGAGACCCAAAGCUGUGGACAUGGACCUGGAGUGGCGCCAGGGACGAAUGGCCCGAGUGGUCCUGCAGGAUGAAGACAUCACCACUAAGAUUGAAAAUGAUUGGAAGAGGCUCAACACUCUCAUGCACUAUCAGGUAUCAGACCGCUGUGUGGUUGCUUUGGUGCCCAAGCAGACGUCCUCCUACAACAUUCCACCCACAACUAGCAUCUCUCGGACUUCUAUCAGUAGAUAUGACUCGACAUUCCGGUACACAGGCAGUCCAGACAGCCUGCGCUCCCGUGCUCCUAUGAUCACCCCGGACCUGGAGAGUGGAGUCAAAGUCUGGCACCUGGUGAAGAACCAUGAGCACGGAGACCAAAAGGAGGGUGACCGCGGCAGCAAGAUGGUGUCUGAGAUCUACCUCACCCGCUUGCUAGCUACUAAGGGGACACUACAGAAAUUUGUGGAUGACCUGUUCGAGACUCUUUUCAGCACGGUGCACAGAGGCAGCGCGCUUCCUUUAGCUAUUAAAUACAUGUUUGACUUCCUGGAUGAACAAGCGGACAAGCACAGCAUUCAUGACACCGAUGUCCGUCACACCUGGAAAAGCAACUGCCUUCCUCUUCGUUUCUGGGUGAAUGUGAUCAAGAAUCCCCAGUUUGUUUUUGACAUCCACAAGAGCAGCAUCACGGAUGCGUGUUUGUCUGUGGUGGCUCAAACCUUCAUGGACUCGUGUUCCACAUCUGAACACAGAUUGGGCAAAGACUCGCCCUCUAAUAAGCUGCUUUAUGCUAAAGAUAUCCCCAACUACAAGAACUGGGUAGAAAGGUACUACGCUGACAUCAGCAGGCUCCCAGCCAUCUCCGAUCAGGACAUGAAUGCGUAUUUGGCGGAACAGGCACGACUGCACUCCAAUGAGUUUAACAUGCUCAGUGCCCUCAACGAGAUUUACUCCUACAUUAGCAAGUACAGCGAGGAGAUCACUGCUGCACUGGAACAGGACGAGACGGCGAAGAAACAACGACUGGCCUACAAAGUGGAGCAGCUCAUCGCUGCCAUGUCACUGGAGAGCUGAGAGAAAGUUAAAUCUGGAACGAAGGAUGAAAGACCUUUAAUCAGUCAAACCAUCAUCCUCUACUACACACAAAAGAGAGAAACACUGGCUAGAGACAAUGUUUCUACAAUUUUGUGAAGAGGUCAACUUUAAGACCAAUGGACAACUAUUUGCAGGUCACAAGGCUUUUGUCUUGAGGAUGGGAUCAGGAGUGGAAAAUAUGGAGUUCUGUUUUUAUUUUUUCCAAGGGAAAAAACAUUGUGGGAGGAGUAGCUUCCUGGCACAUUUUUUGUUUAUCUGGUUUGUUGGCUUUCUUUUUUAGUUAAUCUGGUUCAAUGUGCCUAGCACUGAUUAACAUGAUGGAUGUAAGACACUAAUACUUCCUCAAGAAUUCGCUUGUUAAAACCAUUUCAGGAGGAUUUGAAAGAAGGAAACGGACAUCUACUGCCUCGCCAUUACCGUCCAGUUGAUGGCUUUUACUUCCAAAUUUUAUUUUUAUACAUGAGUGCUUUUUGAGUUUGUUUUGUUGAGUCGGCUAUUGUAAUUCCUCAUCGUUGGUGUGGUGAAAGUUCAAGUCUCUUUCUUUUCUUGGAAAGCAGCGGCUGCUACCAACACAGGCUAGUACAAACUUAGACUUUCGAGACCAAAAGGCAUCAACAUUGUCUGGGAGAUAAUGAAACCAACAAAAGUGGGCCAAAAUUCAGCCAGCAUGUACCUAACUCUCUACAGUUGACCAGAAACAAGUGUCAAACUGGACGAAACCCACUUUAUGGUCUCUCUAUGUGCAUAUGUCCUGUUUUCUACAUGUAAGCAUAUGUGGAUGUACAAACUUUACUCUAUUUUGUCUUCGCGUUUUUGUUGCUUUUCUAAAAUAGGAGUCAGUUGAGCUGAUCUCCACGGCACGUCGUCCUAAAGAACUGAAAAUCCCUCUCCAUAAUAGUGCUGCUGAGAUUCAGAUAUGAAAGCGGCGACGAGUAGCACAUUCAGCUCAAAUCAUGCGUGGAGAAACCCUACCUUCCCUUUCAAAAAAAUGGACUCGCACAACAUCAUCUUACCAGAGAGUAUUAAUUAUUAUGUAUGGUCCAAUGUGUGUGUAGUCUGCAUGCAUUAUACAGUACCUCAUAUAUAAAAAAAAUAAUAAUGUCUCCUUUCCCAUUUACGCCUAUGUUCAAGUGCCAAGAGGUCAUGUGAGUUGUGGAUGACUCAAAGGGAUGCCGAUGAUGUAAUAUACCAUGUCACUUCCUUUCUGUACACACCCGUCGGGAUUAAGUGCCAAAAGAUCACUUAUUUACGCACUUGUCGGUUGAUGCUUUAUUAAGGGAACGGACCCUGUAUACUGUAAAAAACAUCUGUUUUUUAAGUUUCGCUCUUACCACUUGCAAAUUCAGGUACGAAAAGACCAUGAACUUUGGAACGGUAUCUGUAAAUAUAAAGUAUUUGUAAAAUA